AUGGCAGAACAACUAUGGCGCGGCGCAGUGGCUGCUGGGCAGUUCGUGUACGACUAUCCCAUGCCGGCUGCAUAUGCCUACGCUGCCAUUGUGGGCUCGCUGGCUGUUCCCCACUACUUUCCAAACAUCACCAAGAUCCGAGCACCCGUUGAUCACAGCCCUAUCAAUUGGACCGAUUUCGAAAACAAUUUCCCUUACCCUCAACCCAAGAAAAUGGACUCAGAUAACAAAGUGGUCGAGAUCAUCUGGAGUGGAAUAGAAACCUCGACCAAUAAGAAGAUGCCUAGGAACGUCGAAGAAUGUGACCGCCUCAACCACGAUAUUGAUGGUUAUCUUCGGUUACGACAAAACUUCAAACCUGAAUGGAUCAACUAUGUGGACUGUACCGAUCGAUACGGAAGCUAUCUUCCAGAGCUCUGGACGGCACCUGAGAUCAGUGUCUUACCGUCUUGGCUCCAUGACUGGCUCCAAGGACCCAACGCUCCAGAACCAAAGCCGAAACGACCCCAAAGCCCAGACCAACCAAGAAAACCGGAGCAACCAGGAAAACCCGAAGAACCAGGAAAAUCAGAACAAUCAGAAGAAGUAGGAAGACCGGAAGAACCAGAAAGCCCGAAAGAAUCAGAACAACCUCCCGUCGUUCCAACACGCACUCGACCUUCUAUUGCGGUCACCACGAUUGUCACUAUCACGCAAAUUGACCAUUUCCGAGGCGGUGCCAAACACUUCCUCUCGAUCGACAUAUACCCUCCGCAGACUACCAAUCCAACGCCGUGUUACCAAACGGAGUGUCAGACUUGGACUACGACCGAUUGGGAUCAUACGGCCAUAAGGAGUAUUCACCCUACCACGACCACUGAUUCUAUCGACAAUUUGUCUAGCCGAGCAACUGAUAACCCCAACCCGCCUCCGUCUGAACCGCCUUAUUCCAAUCGCACCGCCAAGCGCGACGCUGUAGUUACAUUCAGAUCGUCAUUGCCGUCUCUCUCCUGGGUCACGUUCUCAAGAGCCUUGCAACUUCUCCAGGAUGAUCCUUGGGGACUGAUCAAAAAUGACAUUUCCAGCGUGGCGUUCGAGGUCUUUAAUGCUGCACAGGCUUUCCGGUACAGUCCCUGGAAAUUCCUCAGAGACGGUUUCGCAAAUGUUGUUGUUGGCUACAUCCACGGGAUCCCUGAGAUUCCCGGGUUAUCGUUCAGAGACAAAGUGGAAAUUUGCCGCAAAGUAAUGGCUUGGGUCUUCCCACCUGAUUUGUUUGGGGAUGUCUGUACUCAUUCCCGCGAAGUCCAUAGAGCAGCAGCAAUGAAGCGCGCUUUGCUUCGAUACCCUUCCCCGCCGCUGCUAGAUUGGAUACCACGUCCAGUGGUCGCACUUUAUCAGAGUAUCCCCCAAGCCAUGACCGUCGUAAGCGGUCUUGUGCGUCACUAUAUCGAUGAAGCCGUGCCCACAUGGUUGCGGAAUUUCAAUCCACUUUGGUGGUUCGGUACAAUAUGGAUACCAUGGCGGCUCGCGGAGGUCCGCUGGCUUCCUUGGUCACCCAGAGAAAUAACCCGCUGCGUUUUCAUCAUAGCAGCUACCAUCAUCGUCCAUAUCUUGCCUGUCGUCCAUUACAAAUUCCACAGCAUCAAGGACCUUGCACGAAUCCUCCUGCUUGCGUUUACUGCCUGGGUUGGAAGAGUACUGUAUGCAGACUUGGGUGGCAUCUGCUUCUUCGAUAUUGAGGCUUUCUUCAUUGGCUUUCUAAUUUCGCGGUACAUCUAUUGGUUUGCACCAUAUUUUCUCACAAAGUUCCCCCGGCGGGAAUUUGACGCCUACGCUCGGAAAAGCGGUCUCUUGGUACUCAGCGAUGCUUUUGCGGUCUGGGUGGCGUGCGAACUCAGCAUCUCGGCGGAACAGUGUCCGCAUCCUUGGUUCUGGGUCACUUUGAUCUCCAUUCUGAGUUGGAGUGCAGCAUACCACUUCACUCGGCUUGCAGUUUGGAAUCACGAAACACUCGAUCUUGGACACCUCAGAGACUUUCUCCCGCCAGGGACGUUGAAUAAAAUUCAGGCCUGGAGAGCGGUUCCUUUGCAAAUUGGGCUACUGGUGACGGCGCUCUGUAUUUGGCGAUAUGGAUACAUGUGUGUCGAAUGGAACAUGAUGAUUGUUGCUGGCUAUUUCGGCAUGCGCACUGCCUACCUGCGCCCAGCUCCUCCAAUCAACGAUGCUUCAACGGUCGAGGAGAUCUUGACUCGCCGGCAAGCAUUGGCUCAGAGCCUGUACAAGCAGCUCAAAGAGAUUCAGAACAACAGUGUGGGACGUCGCUUCCUACGCCUGCCAUGGGUUCUCUGGCUUUCUAGCUUCCUGACCACUUUGUUCGGCAUGCUCUUGCACUGGACUUGGUGUUUCGCUGCCCGAACUGUCAAUACACAGCAGUGUCCCAAAUUUGACACAAAUCGUGAGCCCGGAAUUUUCAUUCUGGCAUCUAUUCCUAUAGGGUUGAAGCUUCUCGAACUGUACUGUCGCGACCUUCCUGAAGGGCACGGCUACCGGAAGCUGAUAAACCCUCUCAAAUUCUGCUGCUGGCUCGUCUCGCUCGCAUUAAUAGUAGUGGGCGCCAUCUGGGCGACCGUCUGGGGAUAUUGGUACCAAGACAUACCGCUGCUCACCCUUACGGCAUUGCUCUGGUCGCUCAUGGGCUGGAGGUUUGCUAAUCUCACUGCUACAUUCCACGGACUAGUUGAACUACCCGGUCGCGGAACAUAUCGCCUUUACUCUGUUCCUGUGCCUGUCGACGGAUCCGUUAUCGAAAUCGAUGUCAACCACCUUCCAGACAUCCAGCACGCUCCAAUCCCGGAAAAAUUCGAUCCAGCGACUGCAAGGAUCGUCGAUACUGCGUCUGGUCAGCCUGUGACUGUGAGUACUCUGGGACUACCUGACAUGAUAAUCAGAUCUGAGCUCGUGUUUGGUGCUGAAAACGCAGGCGGUGGGAGUGGAGGCCCAAGUGGUGGUCGAGGGCCUGGUGAUCAGAGGUUAGACACUGGAGAGCCGACUCCUGCAAGACCACCUCGUCCUCCACCACCAUCUCCCCCGCCACCACCAACAGCUACUCCCCCAGGUCCAAUACAAGCAACUCCUCCAGCGCCAAUCGUUCCACCUCCUGAUCCAAUUGCUCCGCCUGCAGGGAUAACUGCACCGGGGCUAACUGCAUCAGAGACAAAUACACCUCCAGGGCCAACUGACCAGUUCCCCUCUACACCAACCCUAGCGCAGCGUUCAAAUGGCCGUCUAGGUUUGAAUGCCGGUGGAACUAGCUAUGUUAAGCCAAAAAAUGGCGUGAAGGGUGCUAGAGGAUCGGCUGAAAAUUCACCUGCAUCACCUUCUUCGCAUUCUCCGGAUCUAUCCGUGGGAACACUGAAAUUAUCGACACCGGAACUAGAAUCACAGAAGGACCCAGAAUCACCAAAGCCAGAAUCUCUAGAAGCACCACCGACACCAAAGCAAGAGUCUCCAAAAGAACCUGAAAAUGGCCAGCAAGAAUCAAGGCCCAAGUCGACUGGUUCUUCGAGAACAAAGGCCUCGCCCAAAGUACCAAGUACUCCUCCUCUGCCUCCUCAUUCGGGUUCGCCUAGCAUAUCUUCACUUGAUAUUUAUUCGCCUCAUUCAUCAGGGUCAGACAGUUCACCGCGAAGGGUGCUAAAAAUUACCCCCGAAGACGAAGAUGAGAAUUUGCGGGUUCUCCUGGGACAUGUUCCACGACCAGGUACUGGAUUCAAUCCAUCACAAGGUACCGGCAGAGGUACUUCGUCAGACUCGACCACAGUGUCCGAUGAUAGCUCGAACGAGCACAUUCCCGAAGUUCCCGGACCGGGUCAAUGUGCGCCAGCUCCCAAGAACCAGUUCAUCGCUCCCAAGGAUCGCUUCCCCGAUGAUAAAGAUUUUGGAGUCAAUAUUACUGCGGGUGACGAACCCAAGAACUUGCCACCUGAUGCUGGCGAAAUCAAAGCGCCUGGGAAUCAAGGCGACGGAAAUACUGUAACUAAGUCUGAUCAAGCUACAUUCGAGCCGAAUGGCGGGCGCGAGAUUCAGGGCAACAGAACUGGAACUGAACAGCCUGGGACGGAGUCUCCCAAGGAGGUGAUUGGUAAGUCUGAAGACGUCCCGUUGGAAGCUCAAAGCACACAGGAUACUACGAUUGAGGUCGAGAAGACGCCUAAAACUACGCCCAGAGAAGCCUCAAUAGACACGCAUGCCACGCCUACAGAUGAGAACACGGAUAAGGCGCGCGUCCCCGGACCUUCAGACACCCAAGAGAACGUGCAAGACGCUGUUACACCGGCAGCAUUAACUCCUGAUAUAGUUCCUGAAACGGAAGGGAAUGUACUUGAGCACACGACUUCCAAGGAAACAAAGCCUGUGAAAGACGACGAUCCGCAGCACAAUCACAAAACUGAGAGCAAAGAGGAACGCACAGAUGACCAACAACCAUCGUCUCAAGAUUUCGACCAAUUUUUAAGCCUGACCGGAGACAACACCGAGCUAGCCGAUAUGAUAUGGGAGAUAGCCGACAAAGGUUCUCAAUUCCAAAAUGCGACAGAGAUUUUCUUGGACCGGGAAAACUGGCCUUUCUUUGUCAAAAAGUGUGACCUCUGUAACUCGACACCUGAUUGGAGAGACUGGCCCUUGCACCCGACUUCGAAGCAGCACCUCGAUAAUAUCGCGCGGAGGGAGGGGAAGAAGUCCACUGGGGCCAGGCCACCAACUCUUGACGAGUUGAAUUAUAUUAUAUCCAGAGCCCCUAUCGAAAUGGACACUGAAAUGGCUCGAACGCUAUGGUUUGCGGCCCCUGAUCAGAACGUACAGGCCGCGAUGGAAGGCCUUUUGAAUAAAGGGGAGGCUAUUAUGAAAUUUUGCAGUGUGUGUGAGGAUUGGUUCGAUCUCAGGGAAUGGCGCGCGCAUCAAGCUACGGAAUGGCAUCUUGAUAAUAUCCGACGCAGAAGAGAGAACAAAGAACCUCUGCGGCCCAGAGACCCUUUGAAUUUGGGUACCUAUGGGUUAUCAGAGAGCUGGCAUACAAGCGACAAGUUCCUUGAACGUGCAGCCAUGGGUCCGCGCCUACCAGGAUGGGUGCGUCGUACUCCCACCCCCACUCCCUCUCCAACUGUCGCUGCUCCCGACCGCUGGGCCUACUGCAAACUUUGUGAUCGUAUCUGUCCGAAAAUCGCUCAUGGCGCUCGUCAUCGUCACAACGAACUUGAACAGGCGCAAGUACUACGGACGGAAUAUGAUCGUGAAGCGCGCCAGCCAAAUGGGAUCGUGGAGCACGGUGGCCAAAAGUCAGUAGACGAGGAAAUUUCCGGUCGCCGGACCAGAUCGGGGGAAGAAAAGUUGCCCCAUUGCAAAAUCUGCGGUCUGCACUUUCGCGAGAGCAACACCGCAUGGCAGGGCGCCCAAGCCUCACCAGAUUGGGAAACCCAUCGGAAACUCAGAAUCCAUCUCCAGAAAAUGAUUGGCAAGGACACAAAGAAGGGGCAAGGCUACUGCUGCGUUUGUGAUGAAAGAUUUCCACUUCAACCCUUGGAUUUCAUUGGACAUACCCAUGAGCACGAGGACCCGGAAAACGAUCGUCGACUGGACAAGCACUUGGAUUCGGAACAUCAUCGUCUACUGGAGGAGCAGAUGCGCAGAGGAGAGAUCGAGCAGACAAAUGUGUUUUGUGAGUGGUGCAACAGACCCGUCGUUAUCAUUUGGUGGGGAGAGCACGAAAACUCCGAAGAGCAUCGUAGCAAAAAAGGAAGAACAAAAAGUAGUGGGGGCGGUGAUGGCGGAGGUGGCGGAGACAAUAGAGGCGGCAGAGAUGCUGGUGGCGGAAGUCGCGGCAGCGAAAAUGUAAAGGUGAAAGACAAAACAUACAGUGAUAUGAACGAAGCUAACAAUGGUAGGAAGGCAAAUGAGGUAAGGCCGAAAGGCAAAGAUUCUGGAGGUAGGAAGAGCGGCACCGGAAAGCCCAAGGACGAAGGGGAUGAGAACCGGGAGAUCCAUCACGAGAGGCCCCCUGAUGACGCUAUCGAGCUAUACACCACCGAGAAUUCCCCUCACCUACUCGAAAGCGGGCAAAUACAAGACAAAGGAAAAAAUAAAGGCACAGUUGACAAGUCAAACCUUGAGACAUCCAGGUCGCAACAGCCGGAUGUACCAGACACACCAGUAGUGAGACCUGGCAAAGAAAAGUCCAAAAGAGAAGACGUUACUCGCGCACUAGAAGAGGCUAGAAGGAUCAGAGAGCGAGAGAAUAGGUACUGCACUCCUUAUGGUGGACAAGCAAUCAUAAGAGGGUACCCGAAGCAUGAAGAAUCGGAAGAGCAUCGCAAGAAAUGUGGACGUAGAGAAAAUGCCAGAGGAGGCGGUGACAGAGGAGAGGAUGGAGGGCAAGGGCCAGGGGCAGGCGGAGGUGGAGGUGGCAAUGAGAACCAGGGUGGAAAUGGAGGAGGGGGGACUUUUUCCGAUUGGAAUGCAGAAGAAUACGACUCCGACCCAGAUGAUCUGUAUAGUACCCCUGAUGGGCCAAUGAAAAGAAAGGUUGAGCAGGAUGGGGGCCACAGACCAGUCAUCCUCGACCAGCGCAUGGCUGACGAGAUAUACCUCCCUAAAGAUUUGCAGAGGAAAGGAAGUAAAGAGGUCUAUCGUGCAGAUGGCGGCCUAGUGCCUGCAACACAACACCAGUCCGAUGAUGAGCCUGGAAAUAAGGCCGAUGAUACGCCAGAAGACACGCCCGAAGACACGCUGGCUGUUGAGCCUGAAGACAAGUUCGCUGAUGAGCCCGAAGUUAAGCCUGAUGAUGAGUCUCAAACAGAUGUCAAGAGUAGUCCCCAUAAAUCGACUGAAGACCUUCUCAGACUCGGACCUGGGAAUUCUCGAAACACUCAGGAUAAUCAAAGUGCUAGUACAAUCACUGACAGAAGCGGUGUAGAUCCUGACGACGGGGCCUCCUACGUUGGCGAUGUACAUGAAGACCAAGCUGACAAGAUUCUUGAUGGAAGGAAACCCAAGUUCAGAGGAAGAAACCCUAAAAAAGGUGAUUUCGCAACAGAUCAAGAGUGGGAAGAAAUGAAGCGCGCGAGGAAGCUCGCGCAAAAGCUUCGAGAACAAGCUAUGGUGGCUCAAAUGUCAGAAGCGGAUCAACUCCGGCAUCGGCAAGAAAAAGCUUUGAGAAAACAACGAAGGAAGGCAAACAAGAAGAGGAACAAGGAAGCGAAGGGAUUUAUGGAAGAGCUGGAACGGUCUGAUCAAAAAAGUUCCGGUUUCGUGUUUGGGGAGCAAAACAUUUUCACGGCAGAGCAGUCUACGGAAGUUGGAGUAGAGCCUACGGUAACCCAGCCCGAAGAGCUGUUGAAGGAAGAUAUCGAGGAAUAUAGGCUCUCUCCUCAUAUCGAAGACCAGUAUAAUGAUCGGCCCCACGUCGAACCUGAAGACAGGCCUGAAGACAAGCCCAAGGAGAUGCCUGACAAAACGCCUGAAGAUCGUCCCGCCGCACCUGAGAUAUUUCAUGCUAAAGGGACUCAAAUCAGCUCUACUGGAGGUACUGUUGAUGCUGAUCGCGACACACAUAUUGAGAAAGGUAUCGAGGAAAAGCCAGGAAAGAAAAGGUUUUCGCGGCUUAGGAAGAGGGAUUUCAACAGUGUUUCAGAGUGGCAAAAUCACAAACUUUCGAAAGCUGCGAGGCAAGAAAACAAAAAGAUGCAAAUGUCAGAGGAAGAGCGAAUGCGCUUUGAGCAGAACGAGGCCGACAAAAAGAGAAAGAAGAAGGAAUAUCGGGUGGCAAAGAAAGCGAGGGAACGCAUGGAAGCGGCUGGCCUGAGUGCUGAGAAUGUAUCUGAAAUGCCGGGGGAUACAAACGCUGCUGAACGUGACGAUGCUGAGGAACUGGACCUUAUCAAGCAGACGAGAACUAUCAAAGAGACGAGGUUAGGUGAUGAAAUGAGGUCCGGUGACAAAACAGAAUUUAUUGAAAAAACGGAACAACCCGAUCCAGCCAAGCCUAAGAAACGGAGGAGCAAGCGAGGGGGGUAUAGACAGACAAAGAGGGGAGGUGGGAUGUCGAAGCAAGAUGCUAUCGACAGCAAAGCACAUUCGCUGGCGACUCAGCCCGAUCGUCCUCACGAAUCACAAGAUGCUCAGGACUCCGCAUUCUUUCAAAGUCUGUGCACCCAAACAGCCAACGAUCAAAUUUGGCAACCGGAGCGCGAAGUCAAUGAUGUGAGACAGAGGCUACGUCUGGACCUGGAACAAAGAAGACCGAAUAUCGAGGCUGAACGCCAAUCAGUAAGGGCAGUAACUGCGCGAGAAUCAGCUGAAGCUCUCAGACGGCAAGGUAUUUCUGAAAGAGCACAAGACCAUCUUACAUUACAGGGCCACUUCAAUCCCCACACGCUUUCGAUUGAGCAGGCAAGGCAGAUUUGGGCUGAUCUGCCGACUCCAGUCCUUUCUCCCACGGACUUCGAGCGUGAGGAUAUACUUGACCCUUCCGUACGAAAGAAGAUCAUUGAUCAUGAAGAAGGCAUGAAGAACAAGGCUGCGAUGGGAGAGCUCGAGCCGCCACAGGAACGCAUGCCGCUACGGCGGCAUUCUGUGGCUUUGCACCGAAAUGUCGUCACAGACAUGUGGCCCAUCCAUAUCUUUGCUUUGGAUGCCGAAACUUAUGUUCGACCUGCCGAUCCAGAAGCGUAUGGUGAGGAUAAUCUUCCGGUCAAAAACAUCCGAGGACAGCCUCGAAGAAAGAGUGCACUAUAGCGGCAAACGUGGUUCAUCUUCAUGAUGAUAUCUAUUGUUGGAAGAUAUUAGCGCUUUGAUUGAUAUAUUUGUUUUAUUUUCUGUAG